AUGUUAGUUCGUUGUACUGAAGCUUGGGAUGUGUUGAUGUAUGCAUGGGAAAAUGUGAUGGAUUGUGUUGAUGAGAGCUUGUUUGCUGAGUAUGUGAAUGGUCUUCAAUAUGCCAGCAGUUCAUGGGCUUUGUUCUUUGAAUAUGUGAAUCAAACUUGGAUCAUUCCGGUUGAGUCUACUCAUGCGAGUCUAAAGUCAAUUUUGAGCAAUAAUAUGGGUGAUUUGUCUUCUUGUUGGGAUAGUAUUCAUAACUUCGUUAUCCUACAACAUAACAAGAUUAAGACGUCAUUUGAAAAAAGUUUGUUGCUCAUGAGUGAGCCUUUUAAAGGAUACAGGUAUAGACAACUUAUUGGGCGUGUAUCUCGAUAUGCAUUAGAUCUGAUUGCCGAGGAAUUGGAAAGAGUGCAGCAGAUAGGAUUGGACUCAUCAAAGUGUGGAUGUCAUUUCGUGCAGGUUAAGCUACAAGAAGGUUGUCCUUUGCCAAUGGUGAAUAUCAUCUCGUCAACCCACUCUUAUCCUCAGGCACGAGCAUGUUGGAGAAGAACUCCUGAAUGGAAGAGACACCAAUAUCAAUUAGCCACUUGUUCUGUAGGUUAUGCUGGCAAGAUGAUGAACAACAUUGGUAAUGACCUCAUUCAUUAUAAAGUUACCGACUCAAGUGAUGAUCCUAUAAAUCCCAAGCCCAACACCUUGAGGUAUGGAACUUCUAUUAUUCAAGGUAAAGUGUGGAUCACAUUCGAAAGGGACAUGCAAAUUAAACUAGAGAAACCCCUUCUCAUCAGUAGUUUUACCACCAUCGAUGGUCGAGGUGUUAAUGUCCACAUCGCUAAUAAUGCGUGCUUAAUGAUUUUUAAGGCCACNANCAUAAUUAUCCACAACAUUCGAGUUCACCAUUGCAAACCUCAAGCCCCUGGGAUUGUGAUGGGGCCUGAAGGAAAGGUGAUUCCUUUAGGUCAAGUAGACGGAGAUGCAAUAAGAUUGGUUACUGCUUCAAAAAUUUGGAUUGACCAUAAUACACUUUAUGAUUGUCAAGAUGGUUUGCUUGAUGUAACACGUGGUUCUACUGAUGUGACUAUCUCUAAUAAUUUGUUCAAAAACCAAGAUAAGGUUAUGCUUCUUGGACAUGAUGAUGGAUAUGUGAGAGAUAAGAAUAUGAAGGUUACAGUGGUGUACAAUCAUUUUGGACCUAAUUGCAAUCAACGCAUGCCAAGGAUUCGUCAUGGAUAUGCACACGUAGCCAACAAUUUUUAUCAAGGAUGGCUUCAAUAUGCCAUUGGUGGAAGCAUGGAACCUAGUCUCAAAAGUGAAGCUAACCUCUUUGUAGCACCAACCAUAGGAAAUAAGGAAGUGACAUGGAGAAAGAGUAGUGAUAAAAGUGGAGGCACAUGGAACUUUCACUCGAUAAGAGAUAUUUUUGAAAAUGGAGCUUCCUUCAAUACAACAAAAGGAGGAGAUGUAAAGAAACCAAACUAUACUAAAGAACAAAAUUUUAAAGUUCUUGAUGCGAAAUUCGUGAAAUUAUUGACACGUUCAUCUGGUGUGUUAUGAUACAAUAAAAACUAUGAAUACUAGUUAACCAAAAUAUAAGAGAGAUUAACUUCUGAAUUAUUAAGCAAUUUUAUGAUUUAGACUAUGUAAGUGAGGAAAAUUUAAUUUUUCUUUAAUUUAUUAAAAUUGAAUUGUACUUUUAAUU